AUGGGACAGAAUGUACAGUUGAUCAUUGCGCAUCCGGAUGACGAGGUGAUGUUCUUUGCACCGGCUCUGAUCGAGCUGGGUAAGCCACAGAAUAGGAAUAACAUAUCAGUAACGUGCUUCUCGACGGGGAAUGCCGAAGGACUGGGCCCAGUGAGAUCGCUGGAGUUGGAGAGAAGCCUGGAGAUCAUGGGCAUUCAUCAAGUGGAGCUCCUGGACGACGAGAGCAGGUUUAAGGACUCAAUGGACAUCAUUUGGCAUGCUGAGGACAUUGUGGAGUUCAUUCACCCUGAAACCACGGUCAUUUUGACGUUUGAUGACGGUGGUGUUUCAAAUCAUCCUAACCAUAGAUCCCUGUACCACGCCGCAAUGACCACUGGUAAACGAGUGGCAGCUCUGCACACGUAUCCUCUAUGGCAGAAGUAUUCUGCAACGUUCAUGUCCAACUAUGAGCUCAUCUGGAGAGCCAUGGAUGAGAACGAGGUGGUGAUCCACUCCAAUUGGGGUGGAUAUCUGUUGGCAUUGGCUGCUAUGGUUAGUGGACACACUUCCCAGAUGGAGUGGUUCAGAUACGGGUGGCUGCUACUCAGCAAUUACUUGAACAUGAACAGGUUGAUCAUACAUUGA